UCUGCCGCAUAUUACAAAAGAAGAAGAAGGAGGAGGCGGAGGCGGUACGCAGGACAUAAAGGCAACACAAUAUGAAACGUUGGUGUGACAGGAGGCAGAGAGAGCGUGCGCUGAUGUAAGUCCGACUUUGGGAUGGAAACGCUGAGUUGUUCGGUCUAAACGACCCGGCCGGGCGGUAGUCGGUAGUCGGUGUGAAACUCUGGCGUUAGACCGUCAUUAGUUGAGCUGAGCCGGCAUGGGGACACGGUGGUCCCGUAGCGGCAGCAGUCUGUCGCUCCUCCCGGAGGGACAGAGCUCUGGACAGCGGGGGACAGAGGACAGGGACUCUGAUAACGACUCUCUGGACGGGCUCGUCCGACGCGAGGACAUCGCUCAGUUCCCCUACGUGGAGUUCACCGGCAGGGACAGCAUAACGUGUCCGACCUGCCAAGGCACUGGACGGAUCCCCUCAGAACAAGUGAAUGAACUGGUUGCAUUGAUCCCGUACAGCGACCAAAGGCUGCGGCCCCAAAGAACGAAGCUGUAUGUGGUCCUGUCGGUCGUGUUGUGCCUCCUGGCUUCUUCGCUCGUGGCCUUCUUCCUCUUCCCUCGAUCCGUGGUCGUGGUGGAUGAUGGGAUACACUCAGUGGCCGUGCGCUUUGACCACACCAACAUGAAGGUCAUAAUGAACAUGACGAGCACUCUGAACCUCAGCAACCCAAACUUCUUCUCGGUGCUGGUGCAGAGUCUGAGCAGCCAGGUCCUUUACAUGAAGACGGUGAUCGGAACUCGGCAGCUAGACAAUGUCACCACCAUCCUGCCGCUCAGUCAGAGUCAGGUGAACUACACCGUCAGGGUGGAGAUUGGUAGCAGUGCACCCUACGUCUAUACCUUCUGCACCAUGCCCAGCAUUAAGGUCCACAACAUUGUCGUAUAUAUGCAAACCUCGGUGAAAACCUCAUACAUGGUGCGAACAUCCCAGAACAGCCUGGAGGCCUAUCGCUACAUAGACUGUGGUUCCAACACCACACGCUUCCUGACGACCAAGCAGCACAGGCACCUCUCCUCUGUCCGCUCACCAUCCACAUCCUUCAGCCCCCCUCUGCUGUGAGCUGAUCAGUCCUGGAAACGGAUGGAUCCCUGUCCCAUGUCAGCCAUCGCACACUCCAAGAUUGGUUUUGCAGACAUAACCACCACCACCAGCAAAAUACCAAAGGCCAAACUCACUCAGAAAUGGGUAACAUUAAGCAGCUGCUAACUUGUGCCAUUGAAUGAUGAGGCUGGAAAACAGGGCUGUGGCAAGUGAAUGUUGUAAAAGGCUAUUUCUUUUUUUUUAUCGGUUUUCAUUGGACAGCCCAGAAGGCGACAGGAUUAGUUGCAGUUGUUGUUAGGCAUGGAUAUUUCUUAUAUUUUCCUAGUAGCCCCUUUUGGUUUUAACUUAUUAGUGGGGCUUGAUAAUUGCCUGAACUCAUCAUGUCUAAAAAUACAGGUUGAAACUGGCAGUUUUGCUAUUUCAACAGACCGGAUGAGUCACAUGUUCUACUGGUGGAAAGGAGUCAUCGCCAACAAGUGCUCUGUGUCCCUGUUUUGGAAGCAGGGCAAACGGCACAGAAAGCUCUUUUUUUCUUUUUUUUUUUUUAAGUGGAAUGGCCUGACAUUCCGAGCCGACAAUGGCGUGCCAGUGGAUGGCAUUGUUUGCUAUUAGCUUUAAUUAACGCUGCAGUGCUCUGUCUGUGUCUGCUGCUGUCAGGAGGAGGAGAGCAUUCUUCAGCGUAACUUGAAUGAUGUCUUGGUAUCGUAACACUGUGUUGGACUGAAGGCUUGUGACUUUUCUUUUUUUUUUUUUUUUUUUUUUUUUUUUUAAGAAAAGGGAGAAGUGAAGGAGCUGGCCUGCUGUUUUCUAGUUUUGAUUUGAUGCGAUCACGGGAGGGAUAAUUUAAUGACUGUUUUUUUUGCACCUUGAAACUGGGACGUGUUGUUGAACAUAAUUGCUUUUGCUGUGUUAUUUAACUGUUUCUGAAGCUGAAGAUGACGGCAUUUACACAUUUAACAUAUCACAGAUGUUUUUAAAUGAAUUGAUAAGUUAUUUUUUUGGGACCUCAUCACAGCAAGUCUAAGCACACUGAUUUUUUUUUUUAGAUUCAGGGUAUGCGUCCAUAUAAGUGUCACAGAGAGGAAUACUGCACUCAAGACUAGAUUUUCUUUAAGGGAUCAGUGAAGCUCAUGUUUAUAUUAAUUAGGGUGAAUUACAGGGUCAGCAAGGUCUUAAGUUCUUUAUCUUUUACACUCCCGGCUAAGCUACUGAAAGAGGAAUAUAAUAUGUGCUGUUGAACAUCUGUAUAAAGUAUCUUCUUCUCCACUGUGGCCUUAAAAAUCCAGAUGUGCAACAGCAAAACAGCAUUUAAACAUCAUGGCCGAAAGUGUGUUUGUAUAAUUAAGUAUACUAACAGUGGGUUGUUACCUGCCUUAUCCUUCAUCAGUGUGUUUUAAUCACCUCCUCUGUGUUUUGUAUCUUAUCUCUCAUCUCUGCGGAGCAUUUCAAACCAGAAAGUACAUUUAUCGCAGUUUGACACGGAGGUUGACUGAAACUUCAUCAACUACAAACUACACCUACAGCUAGUGUCAUCAAACUACAUCACACAAUAUUUUCAAAUGACUUCUGCUACAGUAUAGUAGCUCUAGACGCGUCUGUCAUAAAGUCAACUUCACUAUGGAAACAAAGUGACUGAAGGCAAUUGUAAUAGGACUUUUUUUUUUUUUUUUUUUUUAAAGGGAUCGUAAAUUUGUGAAUGAAAGAUUUUACCAGGGUUUUUUAAAAAAUAGUCAUGCUAAAAAAGCUAUUAAAGGGACGUGUGAAUAAAUAAAAUUAAUAAUGAACCCCAA